AGGGGUCUGAUUUUUUAAAAUGAAACUCUUUUGAGAUCAGGGUUUCACCCCUGCAGGAGGUUUCUGAACUACAAUUCCCAGCAGGUCUGCCCAAUCCAGUGGAAAUGAACCACAGCUGAACUCUAUGAAUCUGUGCAAACUGAGAAGGAAGGAGACUUUGAAUAAAUUAACAUCCAGAUGAGGACUGGGAGGAAGAAGUCAUUCACUACAGAAGCUGACAGAGUCAACAGCUUGCACCAAGCAGAGAGUAGGUGGGCAUGGAGAUCCAACAGGAAGAUGGUUGUGAUGCUGACCUCUUGGGUAAGGAGGUGGAUCUCUUUCAGCAGAGGCAACUGUACAUGGAGAUCCAGCUGGAAGAUGAGACUGGGGAGGCCAGCCUGUUCAGUAAGGAGGAGGAGCUCUCUGGGCAGGGACAGCCUUGGACAGAGAUCAAGCAGGAAGAUUAUUAUUGUGGUGCCACCUUCCUUGGCAAAGAGGAGGAGCUCUCUGGGCAGGGACAGCCUUGGAUGGAGAUCAAGCAGGAAGAUUAUUAUUGUGGUGCCAUCCUCUUUGGCAAAGAGGAGGAGCUCUUUGAUCAGGAGCAGCUGUGGAAGGAGAUCAAGCAGGAAGAUGAGGUCAAGGAGGAGUCCAGCCUGUUGGAUGAUGUGGAGGAAAGUGGCAACGAAAGGGAACCACAUGAGAUGUUGUCCGAAGGAGCCCGGCAUGAAAGCACAUCAGGAGCCCAGCAUGAGAGCACAACCUUUUGUUCAUACUGGGAGAUACGUUUACACAUUUGCCCAGUGUGUGGAAAGAGCUUCAGUAACAAUUCACGGCUUUCUAGACACGAAAUGAUCCACACAGGGGAGAGACCUUUUGUAUGUUCACAGUGUGGACAAAGGUUCAGUCAAAAGCCACAUCUGAUAACACAUCAAAGAAUCCAUACAGGGGAGAAACCUUUUGUGUGCUCAGUGUGUGGACAAAGGUUCAGUCAAAGUGCACACCUUAGUAAACAUAAAAGAAUCCACACAGCACAGAAACUGUAUGAAUGCUCAGAGGCUGAAAAGCACUCCUGUCAGAGAACAAGACAAAAAAACUAAUUGGGAGAAGCAAACUUACAAAACCUCAGGGCUGUAGCAAGAACUGUUGUAAUCAGACAGCCCUUGAGGAACAUGAGAAAACACACAAAUAAGAGAAUGCCUCAAAACUCAAUGCUAUUUGAAGCGGGGGAAAUGGUUCCGCUGCAGUACACGUCAUGAUUUACAUCAAGAAUUCACACACACUUCCAUCUGAAAUCCCCACCUCACCCACAAGCAGUGAGGUGAUUGAAUGGGGUGUACUUUGAGUAUCCUGAAUUUUUGAAUGUUAGAAGGUACUUUCGUGAGUUGGGACCUGUUAGUAGUUGCCCUAUGAGAACCUCCCCGUAUAUGCUCUUAUAGUUCACUGAUGAUUUUAAGUGUAUGUUUUAGCUGGUGGGUUUCAAUGGUUUUAAUAUUUUUAGUGAUCCUUUAUUCUUUGAAGGGGAUACAAAAAUGGAAAGAAGCUUAAAGUGAAGCUUCUGCCUUUGAACAGUCAAUAUUUGUAGGCCAAAGAAUGAACUUGCACCAAGGAAGCUGUCUGAGUCCUCAGACUGUAGCAGAAGUGUUCAUGAUAAUUAGGCUGGAUUAUUCAGAUAAAUUGUAAAGGAAAGCUGAAUUCACAUAGAAACUUUGAAAGUUUCUGUUUCUGUUGAAAUGGACAGUAGAUCUGCUUAAUUAACAUUCAAUACACUAGCUUUCUCUAUUUUAUUUAGUCAUUGCUUUAUAUAGGUAUUGGAAUGCAUUUGCUCUGGUUAAUAAUAAAUUUUGUGUAUCUUCUUA